AUUGUUCAUCCAUCCCCUUCAAACAAUAAAAAAAAGUUACAUUCUGGGUUAAAGGAGUGAAUUGGAAAGAAGAGAAAAAUAAAUGUAUUCCAUAAAAGGAACGGAGCGAAACAACGGCAGCGGCCACCACCACGACGGCCGCCUACGUGUGGUGAUGCUUCCAUGGCUAGGCUUUGGCCAUGUCUCACCUUUCUUGGAAUUGGGCAAGAAGUUGAGCUUGAGAAAUUUUGAGAUUUACAUAUGUUCCACCCCUGCAACCCUUGAGCCGGUGAAGAAGAAGCUUGCUGCCGCCGCCGCCGGGGACGCCGCCUUCGUGAGCUUCCUCGAGCUCACGCUCCGGCCGUCUCCCGAUCUUCCACCGCAAAACCACACGACCAACGGCCUCCCCUCGCACCUCAUGCCCCUUCUCAAGGAGGCGUUUGACGCCUCGCGUCCCACCUUUGCGCAGCUCCUCCGCGACAUCAAACCCGACCUCCUCGUGUACGAUUUCCUCCAGCCGUGGGCCUUACAAGAGGCGGCGGAGCUCGGCAUCCCCGCGGUUGAGUUCAUCACCAUGAGCUCCACCUUCAGUUGCUUCAUUUUCCAACAGUUGUAUCAGCCAGGCGUCGAGUUCCCGUUCCCCGCCAUCCGGUACCGAGACUAUGAGCUCGCGAAGAUAGCCAAGGAGAACGCGUCGACCCCUCCUGAGAGGCGCAAGAAAGACGAGAGCGGCGCGCGCGAUUGCUUUGAGCGCUCUUGCUGUCUCGUCUUGAUCAAGACCUUCGAUGAGAUCGAAGGUCAGUAUAGUAAUUUCACCACCACUUUGACCGGAAAGAGAAUUUUCCCGGUCGGGGCGUUGGUUCAAGAACCUAGUAAAGAAGAUGGGGAAUCCGAGGUGAUCAAGUGGCUCAAUGGGAAAAAGGAGAAAUCCACGGUAUUCGUUUCCUUCGGAAGCGAGUACUUCUUGACCAAAGAAGACUUGACUGAGAUUGCUCAUGGUCUCUCCCUCAGCAACCUUAACUUCGUAUGGGUUUUAAGGCUUCCAAAAGGAGAAGACCAUGACGAUCUCAAACAAGUUUUGCCAGAAGGGUUUCUAGAAAGGGUCGGGGAUAGGGGUUUGGUCAUCAAUGGUUGGGCCCCACAAGCGAAGAUCUUGGAGCACCCGAGCAUCGGAGGCCGAGGUAGGGGUGGCGAUGGAAGUUGUCAGGGACAGCAGUGGAAAGCACCACCGCCGUAAAAUAGCGGCGGUGAUCAAAACGGUGGUUCAGUUGGAGGG